GAAUGAUUUGAGAGAGAGAGAGUUCGGCUGGCGAUGUGUUCGUUUGUGACGUUGUGUCUAGUGACAUGGAUAGUCGAGCUAACAAAAAAUUAUUGGCUCAGUGAGAAAGUUGGCAAGACGAUAAAACCGUGAAAAGAAAUAAAAUCUGUUUUGGCUGUACUUGUUAGCGUUUGCAUUCUUUUUCUACCAUCAAAGUGAAAUUUUGUUCAAAGUUGCAAAAGAAGAAAGAAUUUGAGCAUGGCAGGAAAUCAAGUUACUCAUUUUCUUGUUGUUGCAACACUGACUUUGGGUUUCAUUGUGUACUUUUUUCUACGAGGCCGUUAUUACUUCAAUAUUAAAUUCAAGCAACCGGACUUUGUACCCUAUUUACCCAUGGAUUUAAUACCAUCUGAUAAAAGACCAGUUCCUGCUGUAGAUUAUAAAAAACGUCAUGAAAAACUUUGCCAAAAUUCUUGGGAAAAAGAAUAUACUAAACUUCAUCAUGAAAUUAUAGAAAAGCAGCAAAACAAAUUUCUCAUCUAUACUUGCACUAAAGCAGGCUGGGGAAACCGUAUACGUCGUAUACUACCUAUGUUUUAUCUUGCUGUAAUAACAAAACGAGCUUUUAUUAUUGAGUGUGACAAACCAAUUUCACUGGACAGGUAUAUACCCCCUGCACAUGCUCAAUGGAACUACAAGGUAAACAAGACAGGUUUAUCAGUUAGACACAGCUAUUCAGCAUUUAGCAACGUCAAAAACCAAACAGAUCCAAAAGAAUAUGAAAACGAUUUGACCUACAAUGUUGAAUACAAUGCACACGUACAAGGUCCACUUACUCAUCGUAUGGCGUCUCUUCUUAAAUUUAAUUUGCCAAAUGUUCCAUUUUAUGGAUGUGCCUUUUAUUAUUUAUUCAGAAAAUCACAUGAUCUGGAAAGUCGUUUUUCAUCAUAUAAAGCAAAGCUGGGUUUUAACGAUAACUUUGUGAUUGGAAUACAUAUACGGGAAGGUGAUAGACGCGAAAGAUACAAACCAGGUGAUAUUGACAAGACUUGCAAAUGCGCUGAAGAUGUUGAAAAAAUAUUUUCAAAAAAAUAUAAUACUACAAAAAUAAUUUGGUUCCUUGCUACUGAUUUCAAUGAUACAAAAACAAGCAUUAUAGAAAAAUAUGGGAAAAAAGUGAAGUAUAUUGAGGGUCCUAUUGAACAUGUAGGACAUCCAAGACGUGGAAAUGCAGAUAUUGGACAGCUUAACAUGUUUCUUGAUUUAUUUCUUCUCCAAGAAACCGAUUUCAACAUUUAUGGUCACACAUCGACUUUUGAUCAUGCUGUGGAACUCAUAUCUCCUGGAAAACAAAAUUUAUUGUUAGCAAAAAGAGGAAUGGCCUAUGCUUGUAGAAUACCAAAUUUCCUAAAUGCUCCUUCUUCAAAUUGGCCAAUAAUUUUUACGGUGUUGAUAGUGUUUGCAGUUGUCUUCUUUUCCUGGCUGAGUUAUAACUUUGACAUGAAUGGAGAUUUUCAUAUUCCAUACCUUAUGAACUGCAAAAAUGUCACUAGAGCUUUAUUCAAAUUCAAGCAACCGGACUUUGUACCCAUCUUACCAAUGGAUUUAAUACCAUCGGAUAAAAGACCAGUUCCUGCUGUAGACUAUAAAAAACGUCAUGAAAAACUUUGCCAAAAUUCUUGGGAAAAAGAAUAUACUAAACUUCAUGAUGAAAUUAUAGAAAAGCAGCAAAACAAAUUUCUCAUCUAUACUUGCUCUAGAGCAGGCUGGGGCAACCGUAUACGUCGUAUACUACCUAUGUUUUAUCUUGCUGUAAUAACAAAACGAGCUUUUAUUAUUGAGUGUGACAAACCAAUUUCACUGGACAGGUAUAUACCCCCUGCACAUGUUCAAUGGAACUACAAGGUAAACAAGACAGGUUUAUCAGUUAGACACAGCUAUUCAGCAUUUAGCAACGUCAAAAACCAAACAGAUCCAAAAGAAUAUGAAAAUGAUUUGACCUACAAUGUUGAAUACAAUGCACACGUACAAGGUCCACUUACUCAUCGUAUGGCGUCUCUUCUUAAAUUUAAUUUGCCAAAUGUUCCAUUGGAUGGAUGUGCCUUUUACUAUUUAUUCAGAAAAUCACAUGAUCUGGAAAAUAAUUUUUUAUCAUAUAAAGCAAAGCUGGGUUUUAACGAUAACUUUGUGAUUGGAAUACAUAUACGGGAAGGUGAUAGACGCGAAAGAUACAAACCAGGUGAUAUUGACAAGACUUGCAAAUGCGCUGAAGAUGUUGAAAAAAUAUUUUCAAAAAAAUAUAAUACUACAAAAAUAAUUUGGUUCCUUGCUGCAGAUUUCAAUGAUACAAAAACAAGCAUUAUAGAAAAAUAUGGGGAAAAAGUGAAGUCCAUUGAGGGUCCUAUUGAACAUGUAGGACAUCCAAGACAUGGAAAUGCAGAUAUUGGACAGCUUAACAUGUUUCUUGAUAUAUUUCUUCUUCAAGAAACCGAUUUCAACAUUUAUGGUCACACAUCGACUUUUGAUCAUGCUGUAGAAUCCAUAUCUCCUGGAAAAAAAGUUUAUCGUUAGCAAAAAGAGGAAUGGCCUAUGCUUGUAGAAUACCAAAUUUCCUAAAUGCUCCUUGAUUCGUAGGCCAUAAAUGCAAUUUGUUUUGUCCACUAGUUGAGUGUGAUCAAAAAACAGCAAAACCUUGGUUAAUGUCAAAGUGAACUCAUUUCAAUUCACUCCUUUUUAUAAUAAAAAUUUAACCAUAAAUUAAACAGAAAUGAAAUUUGAUUAAUGAAAUCACUGAUUUUUACGACGAACAAAUAAUAAUUAAAUUAUAUUAGCUAAAACCAAAAAAAA